AUGACGAUGAACCUCAAGGACUUAGUUAGCCUCAGGAGAAUGUUAAUCCCUCUGUUAAUGAUAUGCUUCGUGGCAUUCGCCUGGAAGUUGGAUGUCAUGUCCAGUUUUUCAUUGGAUCCGAAAGUAUUAUAUUUGUACCCUUCUGUGAGGCCGCCGAACAUCAGCAGGAACCAGGAGCUGGAACACAUCGACAGUUCGUUGACACCAGAAACCAACCAAAAACACAAUCAAAUGAGGAAUGCGUACCUAAAACGACUAGCCGGACUUCCUCGACCAGAGUAUCGGUCAGCAAAAUUGUUCAAAGAAUUUGGAGAGCCAGUUUAUAAAAUGUUACCGUCCAAUUCCACAAGGGUUAAACAAAUAUUGAUGUGGACAGGAUUUUUCGGCAACACCAGCUUUAUCCCUAAAAACAUAUCAGUUGGUAAAAGCAAGUACUGUAUAGGGACACACAACAGAACACAAUUACUGUCGAGCGAUCUGGUGAUAAUGCACGCUAGGGAUAUGAAGCAGGGUGCAAAAAGCUUGCCACCUGAACGACGCUCGUUCCAGAGAUGGGCUUAUUUCGUGUUGGAAUCGCCGUUUAAUAGAGGGCUUGAUGUUCGUCAGUUCAACGGAAUAUUUAACUGGACUCUAACAUACAGGGAUGAUACCGAUGUUGCCAUGCCAUAUUUUCAUGUGCGAAAACGAGAAACACCAUUAACGCCAAUAAACUAUAGAAAAUUAUAUGCAAAUAUUUACAGGUCUAAAUCAAAGCUCAUCUCGUAUGUGAAUAGCCAUUGUCACACACCUCAUUCGAAAAGACUUGAAUAUAUGAAAGAACUUAGUCAGUAUAUUCCGGUUGAUAUGUACGGGGGUUGUUUUAAGCUUAAGUGCCCCAGACAUAAUGAAGAAUGCACCAAUUUGUUGACUCAGUAUAAAUUUUAUCUGGCAAUGGAAAACAGCAAUUGUCGCGACUACAUAACAGAGAAAGUCGGUCAGCCGUUGUUUGUCUGGAACGCGGUUCCGGUUGUGAUGGGUGGGGGCGACCCCUCGGAUUACGAACGACACCUCCCGCCGGGUUCCUAUAUCCACAGUUCUGGGUUUGAAUCGCCUAAAGAUCUAGCUAACUAUCUGCUGUUACUGGAUAAAAACCCAGCACUGUACGAGAUGUAUCACCAGUGGAGAAAAACUCAUGACGGCGACAAUGAUUUGGUUGCAGGAUUUCGCGACGUUUGUCAGGCUUUGUACGAUGGUGGCACAAAGCCCAGUCAAACGUACCGAGACUUUUCUGGAUGGUAUGCAGAAGACACAUGCAAGCCCUAG